AUGACCACAGCAUUGCUAAAGAAACUGAGGGUAAAGGUGCUGGACUGGCCAAACAUGUCUCUAGAUGUAAACCCUAUUGAGCAUCUGAAUGGCAUCCUCAAACGAAAGGUGGAGGAGCGCAAGGUAACAGAUGUGUUGUCUAUUAAUACUGAGAUCUUUGAUGCCUUCGCUAUUGCAGAUUUCGUGCCCAUAAGAAGCACCUCAGUUUUAUUAGAGUUCAACUGCAAGCAGUUAGAAGAGAACCAAGACUUGAUCUCAGCAAGGCAAUUAACAUCAAGAUACAGGGCAGCAUCCCUCAAAAUGAAUGGGAGUCUUAAAGAAUUCGUCUUGAUUGGAUUCUCUAGUAUGAGCGCAGAGUACUACACCUUGAUAUUUGCCGCAGCUUUACUUGUGUAUGUAUUAACUGUGUGUGGGAACUUGAUGUUAGUAGUUAUUAUCAUGUUAGAUAAAAAGCUCCACAGCCCCAUGUAUUUUCUUGUAUGCAAUUUAUCAUUGGCUGAUAUAUGUUUCGUAUCAACUACGCUUCCCAAAUUAAUGUUAAGAUACCUCGUCGACGACAAAGUCAUUUCAUAUAAUGGGUGCUUUACACAGAUGUACUUUUUUUUAUUUCUUUCAUCCCUGGAAGCAUAUAUACUUAUUGCAAUGGCGUUUGAUCGUUUUUUAGCAAUCUGCAAACCUCUUAGGUAUCCGGUUUUAAUGAACAGUAGAAACAGCUUUUUGCUGGCAGUAUUUCUCUGGACUUUAGGUUUCAUUACACCUAUCAAGUCUGUUUCAUUAACUCAAACAAUGGAUUUCUGUGGCCCAAACAAAAUUUAUCAUUGCAUUUGUGACUACAGUGCAGUAAUUAAACUUGCCUGUAAUGACAUUUCUCCGUUAAGUAUCCAGGGGCUGGUGACUGCGUUAUCCUUAGUAAUAAUUCCAUUUUCCUUUAUUGUGUUCACAUAUGUAAAAAUAGGAAUUGCAGUGAGUAAACUUAAAAGUUCGGGGAGGGCUAAAGCUUUCUCUACGUGUGUCGCUCAUCUAGUUAUUGUGUUUUGUUUUUAUUUCUCAGAGGCAUUUGUUUUUAUUUCUUACAGAAUUCAAAACGUAUCGACAGAUCUGCGUAUUUUAGGUUCUCUGCAGUAUGCGGUACUACCGCCUCUGCUAAACCCUUUAAUAUAUUCAUUUAGAAACAAAGAUAUUCGUGACUCAAUUAAAAGGAAGCUCAAAGUAAACCUGGUCGAAAAACGUCAGAUCGAAGUCACAGUUAUAACAAAUUAA